AUGCCGGUCCACCACCUGAUGAUAGGGACAUGGACCCCACCCGGAGCCAUCUUCACUGUGGCCUUCGACGAUGAGAAACUGACGCUGGAGUUGGUGAAGCGCACAGAGAUUCCCCAAGAUGAGCCCAUCUCGUGGAUGGCCUUCGAUCAUGCUAAGAAGAACAUAUACGGUUCGGCCAUGAAGAAGUGGUCGACCUUUGCCGUCAAGAGCCCGACCGAGAUAGUCCACGAAGCCUCACAUCCCAUGAACCAUGACCCCCAGGCAAGCCUGUCCACAACCAACACUCGCGCGAUAUUCUUGCUCGCCGCGAAACAACCGCCGUACGCCGUCUACUGCAACCCCUUCUACUCGCACGCCGGCCAUGGGGCCGUGUUCUCCGUGUCACCGACGGGUGCGCUCGCCGAGAACAUACAAAACUACGCGUACCAGCCCAACACGGGCAUCCACGGCAUGGUGUUCGACCCGACGGAGAGCUACCUAUACUCGGCGGACCUGAAGGCGAACAAGCUGUGGGUGCACAAGAAGGCGCCGUCAGGCGAGGUGGACCUGGUGGGCAGUGUGGACGCGCCGGAUCCGAAGGACCACCCGCGCUGGGUGGCGAUGCACCCGUCGGGCAACUACCUGUAUGCCUUGAUGGAGGCGGGCAACCGGCUCUGCGAGUACGUGAUCGACCCGGCGACGCACAUGCCGGUGUACACGCACCACUCGUACCCGCUGAUCCCGCCGGGGAUCCCGCGACACGACACCAUGUACCGCAGCGACGUGUGCGAGCUGACGCAGUCGGGCAAAUACCUGUUCGCCAGCAGCCGGGCCAACAGCUUCGACCUCCAGGGCUACGUGGCGGCGUUCCGGCUGCGCGACUGCGGCUCCAUCGAGCGGCAGGUCUGCCUCAACCCGACGCCGACCAGCGGCGGGCACAGCAACGCCGUGGCGCCGUGCGACUGGAGCGACGAGUGGCUGGCCAUCACGGACGACCAGGAGGGCUGGAUCGAGAUGUAUCGGUGGAAGGACGAGUUUCUCGGGCGCGUCGCGAGGUGUCGGAUCCCCGAGCCUGGGUUUGGCAUGAACGCGAUCUGGUACGACUAG